AUGGACAUCCGCACCCAGAAACCCAUCAACCACGCCAUCCACACCAGCCCCGCCCACGAUCUCCGUCUGGUAGAAUGUGAGAUCCCCAAGCUCGCCGCGGACCAGUGUCUCGUGCACGUCCGCGCCACGGGUAUCUGCGGCUCUGACGUGCAUUUCUGGAAACAUGGCCAUAUUGGACCCAUGAUCGUGACGGGGGAUAAUGGACUCGGACACGAGAGUGCGGGUGUUGUUAUCGAUGUGGGAGAGUCGGUUACGCGCUUUAAGCCUGGCGACCGCGUCGCCAUGGAAUGCGGCGUGCCCUGCUCCAAGCCCAUUUGCGACUUCUGCCGGACAGGCCGCUAUCACGCAUGCCCAGACGUAGUGUUCUUCUCGACGCCUCCCCACCACGGCACCCUCCGACGGUACCACGCGCACCCCGAAGCCUGGCUGCACAAGAUCCCCGAUAAUGUCUCCUUUGAAGAGGGCUCGCUGCUGGAGCCACUGACCGUCGCGCUGGCGGGCAUCGACCGCUCAGGUCUACGUCUGGCUGAUCCGCUCGUCAUCUGCGGCGCGGGUCCCAUCGGACUGGUGACGCUGCUAGCGGCAAAUGCAGCCGGCGCAGAACCGAUCGUCAUCACGGAUUUGGAUGAGGGUCGGCUCGCGAAGGCCAAGGAACUGGUUCCGCGUGUGAGGCCCAUUGCCGUGCAGCGCGGGGAAAGCGCUGUCGAUGUGGGGAAGAGGAUUGUGGAUGCGUUGGGACAGGAGGCGAAGCUUGUUAUGGAGUGUACGGGGGUGGAGAGUAGUGUGCAUUCGGGUAUUUACGCAACUCGAUUCGGAGGCACCGUUUUCGUGAUCGGAGUCGGGAAAGACUUCCAGAAUAUCCCGUUCAUGCACAUGUCGGCUAAGGAGAUAGACUUGAAGUUCCAGUAUCGGUAUCAUGAUAUCUAUCCUAAGUCGAUCAGUCUGGUUUCCGCCGGAUUGGUUGACUUGAAGCCGUUGGUGUCGCAUCGGUAUCGCCUGGAGGAGGGGCUGGAGGCGUUUGAAACGGCUAGUAACCCACAGUCGGGGGCGAUCAAGGUGCAGAUAUUGGAUGAUUAGUUGAUGUCUUUGGGGAGU